AUGCAUAAUAACUUCAUAGUUGCGGGUAUAUAUGUUGCCGCCAUCUCUCUUCUUCCUUCCUGCCCCGCACCUUCCAUUGCUUUUUUUAUUAUUACCGGCCUAGCUGCUUCUCUUGCAGGUAAUCUGCUCAUGAUUGGUCUCAACGGCAAUGUCAGGCGUGCUGGGGUCAAUGUUGAGGUUCUAUUCAAAAGUGUGACUGUCACUCAGACCUCCACUUCUUUCCUGAGAAUUGAGAAUGUUGCCGCUGAAUGCAUGAACCUCGCUACACUUUUUACUGAGGAGGGAACCCCCAGCCUAUGUGGCUCUGCUUGCCUUGAGUACCCUAAUCUCAGUACUGAGGAUUACUAG